UAUUGCACACCUCUUGAGUAUUCCAUCUCAUUUAUCUAACCGAAAGUGGUCCAGCAGCAUAUGCUUCCAGUUCCACCCUUUCUGCAAAACAAACGCUGUUGACCCUUGCCCAUCGCAGUCCAAACCCAGCUCCCGCAUAUAAAGUCAACAGGUCGUUAUCGUGUCUUCGCCGUUAUCAGCGUGAGUCGUGGUUUUACCUUACUCAGUACGACAACACCACGGAUCGUGAACGAUUGCAAAAAGAUCUACACACGCAUCACAAGUGAACAUGGCCAGUGCAACACAGCCGGCACAUCUGAAGCUGGAACGUUUCGGCACCGUUCUGCGUGUGGCCAUCAACAAUCCCCGCAAAAAGAAUGCACUCAACAAGCAAGCAUACCAGGACCUGGCCGAUACGCUAAACGCCGCGAACAAGGACGAUGGCAUUAAUGUGGUGGUAAUAACCGGCACCGGAGACUACUACAGCUCCGGCAACGAUAUGGUAUCGACGGUAGCGGACGAAGGAUCGAUUGAAGAAAAGCUUGCCCGCGGGAAUGCUAUUUUGCGCGAUAUGGUACGCGCAUUCAUUUCGUUCGAUAAGCUGCUAAUAGCCAUUAUCAACGGACCGGCCAUUGGAAUAGCGGCCACCACCGCUCUGCUGUGCGAUGUGGUGUACAUGGUCGACACGGCGUACUUCUACACCCCGUUCACCAAGCUAGGUCUUUGUGCGGAAGGAUGCUCGUCGUACACGUUCCCGUUGCUGAUGGGUCGUAGUAAGGCGUCGGAAAUGCUUUUGCUAAACCAUCGGAUGACGGCACAGGAGGCGCUACAGUUUAACGUCGUCGGGACCGUGUUGAAGCGGGACGAAAUCGAAAGCAAACUAUGGCCACAGAUACUGGAGUACGGACGGCUGCCGAUCGGAUCGAUCAAGGCUGGCAAGAUGCUGAUCAAUCGAUUCCAGCGCGAGAAACUGCACGAAGCAAACGAUCACGAAACGGAAGCGCUAAUGGAGCGCUACCAAACGGAGGAAUCGCUGAAUGCGGUUAUGGAGUUUAUGAUGCGGAAAAGCAAAAUGUAACGGACGUCAUCUUGAAAUGCAAAUACAGUCGGGGGCGGUUGUUUUGUUGGUUGUGGAUCGUAA